UUUGACAAUUCAUAACAUUAUCCUCUCCCAAUUGUGCAAGUGUGUAACCAGAAAGAGAAGAAUAUAACAAGAAGUCAAAUAGAUUCCCCUUAUUCUUCUUUUUAUUUUCUAGAAUACUAACCAACUGAAUCUUUAAAAAGCAGUUUGCAACGAUUUUUAGCUGCCUCCUCUCACAAGUCACCCAUAUAAGUACCACAUAUACAUUCCUUAGAAACAACAACGAGACCUGGCUGCAAAUCAUUCUUUAUUUUCCAUCAAAACCAUGGCGAGAGAAAACCCUUCAACCCUAAUUCUUGGAGAUUCUAUAAGUUUAGCUAAGAUCAAAUCUAAACCUUCCGGUGGUUCUGCCCUUGAGCCAACCAAGAAACAGAGCCAAAACCAAAACUCACCGAGUUUACGCCGUUGGGGCUCGUCCUCCAGUAAACCUGGGAGGCAAAACUGCCUAUGUUCUCCGACGACACACGCUGGUUCUUUCAGGUGCAGACACCACCGUGCUGAUUCCUUGACUCGUGUCGGGUCUAUCGGGUCGAAUCUCGCUGUGCUAUUGUCGUCCAAGUCGGGCCGGUUUAGUGACGCACUCAAGGCUCAGUAAACCGCUAUAGCGGGAUGUGUUCCGUAUAUAAUAAGAACUAAGAAGUGUCGGUUUUGUGAUUGUUUCUGUUGACAUUGAUAAAUAUUAUGAAAAAGAAGAAAAGGAAUAUGAAACCGAUUGAAAUUGGCCUAAACCGAUUCAAGGUAAAUUUUAUCUAUUUUUCGAUGGUUUAAAUUAUAUUUUUAGCAUUUUUAGCUGCACAUUUUGUA